CCUCUGCUUAUAGGAUGGAAAAGCAGAUGUGAAGUCUCUCAUGGCGAAGUUUAACACUGGGGGCAACCUGACAGAGGAGGUCUCAAUUGGCAGUCGACCAUUCAAAGCAGGAGGACAUCCUGCCCCUUCAGGAAUACAAGCAAAGAAAAAUGUAUUCACAAACCAAGAGAAUGCCAGUCCGCCUCCAGGGCCCAACAAUUUAUCCAAGUUUGGGACUCCAAGGCCUCCUUUGGGAGUAAAGCCUUCCUUUGAGGAGAAAAAUGACAAGGAUCCCAAACCCCCAUAUCUGAAACCUACUGGAGUAGGCCAGAGAUUUGGGAAUCCAGCAAGCUCAGCCAACAGGGACCCUGAGGGGAAACCAGGAUUUCUGAAACCCGUAGGUCCCAGACCAUUUGAUCAGCCAAAGGAAGAGUCCAAACCUGUAUUCCCGAGGCCCUCUGGGAACAAAGCACUGCUUCAUGCCGUCAAUCAAGAGAAUGACUUAAAAGCUCCUGGCCAAAAGCCUGUUUUCAAUGCUUCAGCACAAGAAAAUGAAUCUAAGCCAGUUUUUGCCAAGUUGGCUGGCCCUAAAGGAAAGUUCCUGACCUCUUCCCAAGACCAUGACCACAAACCCCCUUUCACCAAACCACCAAUUGGACAGAAACCUUUUCUCAAUGCAGAUAUCUCCCCUGAUGACCAGAGCCCCAACAAGGGCACAUUUCCACAGAAGGGGCCUCCUUCCAAGCCCAAAGUCAACCCUCUUAAGCCAACAAAGGAAGAUACUGAGAACAAAGACCAGAGCAUAGACCCCUCAACUAUGCCUUUCCCUGGUGUGACCCUGAAACCUGUUGCCAGCAGAGGGACUCCGGGCUCAGCCCCCAGCCUUCCCAAAAAUCCUGAAGAGAAAAAGGAAGAAAGGAAAAUAGAUGCAGCUAAGAACGUAUUUAUGAGUAAAAUGAACCAGGAUGACUCUAACUCAGGUGCCACUCCACCAAAGUUACCCAAACCACCUUCUAAGCUGACUGUGGCAGGACCUUGGGACCGAAAUCAAGAGAAAGAAAAGGGAGAUAAGCAUUCAGCUGUUCCUAAGCAGAAGCCCUUGCCUGCACUGUUUACCCUCGGCCCAGCCCCACAGAAACCUAGCAGACCACCUACUGUUGACCUGGCUCGAUUCCGAAAGGCCAGUGCUGCAAACAUUUCCAACAAAGGAACAGUGCCUUAUUCUGUGACCACAUUACCUCCACCUCCUCCACCAGCACAUCCUUCGGCUCAACCAGCCCUUCCAGCCUCUUACCCAACACAACCACCAGUUCCAAGUCUACCUCCCAGAAAUAUCAAAGUUCCCUCUGAGCCAAAAAGUUCAGUAAGUGAAGAAAAUUAUGAUGAUGUUGAUAUGCAAUCCAAUGAUCCUGGAAAUCCAGAUGAGGAUCAAGACAGCAAUGAAGAAACAUAUGAAGACAUAGAAACAAAAAAAGAACGAGAGAAGAAGAAGGAUAAAGAAGAGAAGAAAAGACUAGAGCAAGAAAAGAAAGAGCAGAGGGAGAAGGAAAAAAAAGAGCAAGAAAUCAAGAAAAAAUUCAAACUAACAGGCCCUAUUCAAGUCCUUCAUCGAGCUAAGGCUUGCUGUGAUGUCAAAGGAGGGAAGAAUGAGCUGAGUGUCAAGCAAGGAGAGGAAAUUGAAAUAAUCCGUAUCACAGACAAUCCUGAAGGAAAAUGGUUAGGCAGAACCUUCAGGGGUACAUAUGGCUAUAUUAAAACAACAGCAGUGGAGAUCGACUAUGAUUCCUUGAAAAGAAAGAAAAAUUCAAUGAGUACCCUUCCAUCAAGACCCAUGGAAGAUGAUCAAGAACUGUACGAUGAUGUUGCUGAACAUAGUAGCAUUAGCAGUCAUAGUCAAAGUGGAAGUGGAGGAAUGUUCCCAAUUAAGGAUGAUGAAAUUUAUGAUGGUGUUGAAGAUGAUGAUGAUAAUGGCUCCACGCUACAGGGCGAAGAGAAGAAUAAUUCGUGGACCUGGGGGAUUUUGAAGAUGUUAAAGGGAAAAGAUGAGAAAAAGAAAAGUAUACGAAAGAAAUCUAAAGACACUGAGUCAGACAGUAACGAAGAUGUGGUUUUCCCUUCUCCCCCAAAGCACCUUGGAUUGGAUGUAGGAGAUGAAGUCUAUGAUGAUGUGGAUUCCUCUGACUUCCCUGCUCCACCCAUAGAAGUCGGUUUAGGAGCAAACUUUGGCAAAAGCAAGUCAGAAGAAAAAGACCUCAGGAAGCUGAAAAAGCAAGAAAAGGAAGAAAAGGAGUUCAAGAAAAAAUUCAAAUUUGAUGGUGAAAUUAGAGUUCUGUAUACAACUCAAGUGGUGCCUACCUUACCUUCUAAAAAAUGGGGAGCCAGAGAUUUGCAGUUGAAGCCUGGGGAAUCUCUUGAAGUCAUACAAAAUACAGAUGAUACAAAAGUACUCUGCAGGAAUGAAGAGGGGAAAUAUGGCUAUGUCCUUCGGAGCUGUUUGGUAGACAAUGAAGGAGAGAUCUAUGAUGAUAUUGCUGAUGGUUGCAUCUAUGACAACGAUUAGUAGCUUUCCACUUUAAUGGCUGUUUUCAUUAGAUCUUGAUGUGUAUUUUCAGUUUUAAUUGUCAUAUUAUUAAGACAAAACAGCAGAUGAAUAAACAAAAUAUACUGUUUGGAUUUUUUUUUUUAAGUACAAUUCUCAACAAAAGACCUGGAAAUUAGUGCCCUUUUGAGUUAUGUUUAUACAUCCAAAAGAGGUUCAUUGAUGACCUAUGUAUCUGCUUCUUCUACCAUAAUCAUGAACGAACUUUUUUAGAGACUACCUAUGCAAUAUUUUAAGGAUAUACACAGUUCACUAAUAAGAAGCUGAUGGACUUCAGUGACAGCACAUUUGAUAAAGAGGCCUAAGAUAGGAAACAUUGUGAGAAGGAAACCCAUUCACAUUUAAUUUAUGAUUUAAAUCAAGGAAAUAAAUAUAAGUUGGUAUCCAAAAAGGCAAUUUUUCCACUUUAAAAACUUCAGAAAGUUUGCUAAAAUUAAAUUAUAUUCAUCAUAUACUUUGCAUUUUAAGUUUGCAGAAAGUCUUUUCUGUGCUUGUUAAUUUUGAAAACAUAUUAACUGUUUGCUAGAGAGCUUAAAUUAUAAUUUUAUAUAUUUUUGUACAGUCAUUAAGGUAAAUGUUAUAAAAGUAUAAAACCGAUCUAUUUCUUAGCUGAUUUUUGAUAUGCAAAUAAUUUGAUUUUGUUCAUUAUUUAAAGGGAUAUUAUCUGAAAAGUAAAUUAAACUUUGACUAAAUAUAAUCAUAACAUUAUGAGUAAUAUUCUAUGAACAGACCUAUUUUUAAUUCCAAAUCUGUUAGAAAGACUUUAAAACUAUAUUCAAUACCUCUUCUUGUAAGAAUUUUUCUUUUCCAGCAGAGGGAGUACAAAUGAACAUACUGCUAGAAAGAUGUCCCUUAUUUAGUCAUACACUUAAUUCAAAAGCAAACUAGAAUCAAAGCCAAGGGUUAUAUAUCUAGCUCCAGUUUUUUUUUUUU